CGGCAGGCUAGAAAAGCGGGGCCGGGCGGCGGGGCCUUCUCGGCGGCGCCGAGGUGUCCCGCGGCCGGCAGGCCAUGAAGAAGGCGGUGCCGCAGGCGGCCACGCUGCUGCUGGAGAAGCUGCUGCUCCUCGCACACCUCCGGCCGCUGCCCGCCGCCGACACCGACCGGGGGGAGCCGCCGCCGCCGGCACCGCCGCCGCCGCCGCCGGCCGCCGGGUGCUUGCAGCGGGGCGACCUGCUGGAGGUGCCGCGCACCCUCUUCGUCCACUUCGGCAUCUACUUGGGCGAGAACCGCGUGGCCCACCUGAUGCCCGACAUCCUGCCCGCCCUCACCGACGACCGGCGGCAGAUCCAGCGGGUGGUGACCAACAAGCGCCUCAUCCUGGGCGUCGUCACCAAGACGGCCAGCAUCCGCGUGGACACGGUGGAGGACUUCGCCUACGGCGGCAGCAUCCUGGUCAACCACAUGGACCGGCUCUUCAAGGACCGCCUGGUGGGCAGCGAGGAGGCCGCCCGCCGCGCCGAGAAGCUGGUGGGAGCCACGGCCUACAGCCUGCUCUGGAACAACUGCGAGCACUUCGUCACCUACUGCCGCUACGGCGCCCCGGUCAGCCUGCAGACCGACAAGUUCUGCGAGACCGUGAAGAUGAUCAUCCGCGACCAGAGGAGCGUGCUCGCCUCGGUGCUGGUGGGCUUGGCGGCGGUGGUCUGCCUGGGCCUGGCGCCCUCCACCACGCUGCCCACCAUCCUCGUUACCUUCUUGCUGUGGAUGGCGGGCUGACGGCCUUCCCGAGGGCCCGCGGACGGCGCCUGUAUAUAGGAUGUACACUACUGUAUUUAUAAAAGCACAAAUUACUCACUGGCGUUGCGUAACGUUUCUUAACCUCGUGUGCUGUUUUCCAGGACCGCUGUGUCUGGCAUACAGGACGCGAGGCAUAGCUUACUGUGUAAGCCGAGUAAUAGAUUUCCUGAAAAUCUCAGUUGGUACAUUCUCACGCACCCUUAAAAUCACUAAAAAGUAGGGGUGUGAUGCAGUUCUGCUCCUUGCCUGUAGCCAUAAUUGAUUCUGCUGAUAUCCUUCACGGGCUUUAAUUUAUUAGCUGCGUACCUGGGUGCCUCAGCUAUUAAUAAAAUGGACAAUGAAGUGCCACAAAGCGAUGGAUAUUGACAACAAACUACUUACCUCUUACUUUGACAGAUAUGCUUAAUAUUCAAAAGUUACUGUCUUUUUUUAAAAUAUCCUUUAGGGGAGAUACAAAUAGGUAAACUGCCUCUCUCUGAUAGCCAAAAGCAGCCCUCGCCUGGGUGCUCUGUGCUGCAGUAGUGCAUCUGGCUGUGGUCCUCUGAGUUCCCUUCUGGGAAGUGCUCACAAAUCUCUCAUUUGUAUUGAUUGCAUAAACACUUGCUAUGUAUCGAACAACUUUCAAGGAAAGCCUGCAAUACCUCAGCAUUCUGCUACUGGUAGUGGUUGGUAUGGCUACAGAGGGGUUCUCAGUGGUACGGGAGGAAAACAGUUUGCAAAGCUAGUGUCAUAUAAAUAUCAGAGAUUUCCAGUCUUCCAGGGCAUGUGUCUGGGAGGAGGAGGAAAACAAAUAUGAAUACCCAUCUAGUUCCUACUUUCCCAUAGUAAUUGGAACUAUGUGAGUGCUGUAAAGCAUCAGGCGUUGGUGCGGUUCCUGUGGUCACUGUAUUGUUUUGGAUAUUGCCUUAAAACAGGAUGCCUCUUUGUGAAAGAAGGCAUAUUUCUAUACUCGUCUGUUGCAAAUAAGUUGUAAGCCAGCAGUCGGUGCUAAAAAUCUGCAGUGUUGAUGCCUUUUUAUCAAGAAUGUGUAAAGCUGGAUUUGAAAUCAAGUUCAUCUAAUUGUUUCAGUG